CUUUUUUCCAUAUUGAUUAGUUAUGUCGCUUUUGUUGUUUACUCGCCACAUUUUUUUUGGCCAGCCAGUUAAUUGUGCUUAGCGGUGCGCGGGAAAUCGACCAGGACAUCCGCAGGACAUUGGAGUGGAGUGGAGUAACUAGAAAACGAGACUAGUAAACAGGAUCCCAAAGUCGAGUCGUCGCGGGCGAGCGCACAAAAUCCCCCGAUGUCCGCGGGUGUGGGUGGCGGAGGGAGCAUUACCACCGAGCACCACAGUCGCCUCUACUUCCUCAACUCGCCGACGGCCCCGCUUACCGCCCGCGAUCCGUUCUUCAUCAAGCCGGAGUACCUCAGCUAUGAGAGUCCCAUGCACCAUGCCCUCUAUCCGGGCAACCGCGGCCUCCUAGAGUACAACAACUACACGAGUUCGGCGGCCGCAGCGGCAGCCGUUGCCUCCUCGGUAGCCACCUCCGUUUCGGGAUCGGUAUCGGUUUCGGGAUCGGGCACAGGAUCCUCUGGAGCGCCGGCCAGUGCCUCGGCAGCCACAGCGAAUAGCGGAGCAGCGGGUGGGACGGCGGUCCUCAGUUUGGACAGCCAGAACUUCACCCAGCAAGGCAAUCCCCACCAGCAACAGCAGCAGCAGCAGCAACAGCAGCAGGGGAAUCCCCACCAGGAGGUCCUCCAGCAGCAGCAGCAGCAUCCCCUGCAUCAUCAUUUAUCCGCAGGCGUUGUCGUCGAGGCCGGUGGCGUUCUUGGCGGCGUACCUGGCCUUGCCAAUCUCGGCGUGCCGCAUCUCAGCGCCCAGCAGUCAGCCGGCACACAGCAGGGUCAAUCCUCGCGAGCACAAAAAGCCGCCCGCCGGCGGAGCAACGAAUCGAUCGAGGCCAGGGAAAGGCGGCUGGAGAGGAACGCGGCUCGAAUGCGGGAUAAACGGUCCAAGGAGUCGGAGGCGGAGUACCGGGUGCGUUUGGCCAAGAAUGCGGAGGCGAAUCGAGUGCGCCGGCAGAACGAAACGGAAGUACAAAGAACCCUAAGACUGAUGAAGAACGCAGCGCGGCAGCGACUGCGCCGCGCCUCGGAAACCGUCGAUGAGCGGAAGAAGCGGCUGGCCAAGGCCGCCGAAAGGAUGCGGGUGGCCCGGGCCAGUGCGCCCAAGGUCAUCAAGCCGCCGCUGGCCGACAGGCUCAAGGGUUACUAACGGGGAUCUGGCGUCCCCAAGGAUGGAGCAGAACCUUUUGGAGCUGGUUCUCCAGCAAAGCAUUGAGGCGGAGCUGUCGCUCUCCACGCUGAAAAGCUGGCCAGGAUCGGCUGAGGAACAUACACACAUCUAUAAAUAAUAUAUAUUGUAUACAGCCUAAAACAAAAACAGUCAAAAAUCAGGAGGAUAACGAGGAUUAUGCGGAGUAAGAACAGAUGAAUGGGCAGCAGGCACUCUAGGAUUAAAGCCAGGCAAUUUUUUUUUUAAGUUAACAAUUAACAUGAUGAAGUAAUGUAACGUAAACGUAAAGUAAAGUAUUUUUAUAAUGCAUGCAUUAUAUUCGUACGAUAUAUAAAUAUAUAUACGCAUA